AUGGCAAUUCGCUCAUUCUACUCGAAACCCAGACAAGAGUACGUACUCGAAGUCUUCCACAACGGCAAAGUUCGCGAUUUGCAGUUGACUUUACCUUCACCUGGCGACGAUGGACGAAAUGGCAGCAAGGACUACCUCUUUCGUCGUAGAUCGGUUGUCCGCACAGGUCAAACUGGUGUUUGGAAUGAAUCCUCUGAGGAUGAAUACAACCCUGAUGUAAAACGAAAACGCCGAACUGUGGGUAUUGGUGGCAACGGUGCGAAGCCUCUCAAGCGCCAGUGCCUUAAGCAAAACAUUACAGACAAAGCCCAACAUGAAGCGACGGUUGAGGAGGGUGGUCGAAUCCCGAGCCUCGUCACCUUCAAGUUCAAGGAUGCCCAGUCGAAGGCUACACUGAGAGACCUGGCAGAUGAACAUGGCAAUGGAUACAAUGCAACUGCUAGGGAAGGACCAAGUCUAGUCGAAGAAACCGGCCGCCUACGGGAUGUUCCUCCUCAUGAGCGAGACAUGCAGUUCCGGAGCAUGCGUGGACCGACUUAUUUCGAGAAAAUGGACCAGCAGUCAGCGAACAUUGACAAUGUGGAUGGCAGAGUCCUUCGGAGCCGAAAGAUUCUCUAUCAAGAGGGAAAUGACAAGCAAAGUCAGACGAACAACAUCGACAGCCCUAUUGAGGACGAACUAGAUAUAUCUGUCUCUGACUCCGAAGCACCUAUCGAGGGGACUCAGCACACCAUUCUUUCAGGAGAGCGGCCUGCCGUUGCCUCUCUUCCGACAGCAGCUCAGAUCAUUCGAUCAAGUGUUACCACUCCGCAGUACCCUCUCAUACGUCAGGUCGGCAGUUCAAGAACGAACCCUAUCACACUCGUCGAUUCCCCGCCCGGUUCUCCGGAAUCGUCAGGUCCUGCAGCUACGCUCACGCAGCUCACCAGUUCCAGAACAGCCCGUCCCAUACUCCUCGAUUCCCCGCCUCGUGCUCCGGUGUCGUCAGGUCCUACAGCUACGCUCAAGCAGAUUACCACGUGCUGGGCGCAUCCGAUCAACUUCCAGCAUCUCAAGAGCGCCGGCGACGAUUGCGAUUUCUGCCGGGACUUUCGGUUCGGAAUCUAUGGACACGGUCGAAUUACGGUAGAGGUUAUUCAGCGCCCGGGAUCAGCAGCCUUGGAAGAAACUGGAAACGGGCAUCGCUCGACAGGCAAACCAGCGACUCGAAUGUGUGUCCCGUGUUCUUUGGCUCGCAUGUCUAUCUCAAGAUGCAGGGUCCACCGCUUCAAAGCGAUGAAACUACUUCAAAGCAAGGAACGGGACGAGCGAUACGUGCAGGACAUCCUCGCAGAAAAGUGGGAUCCACCACGUAGGGCUAGCGCGUAUCCGACGUGCUCACUGUGUUCGGUGUUUUCGCGUUGGGAAUGUUGUGUCGACCAGCAACAUGAUACUGCGUUCAGACCAUUAGCUGAUGGCGCGGGGAGAGGAAUGGGCUGUGGUUUGAGGCUAUGUGACACUUGCCACACGAAAGUCAUGUCCUGUGGCAGUAUGUUGCGGAAGGGCUCGAUUAUGCAGCCUGAUGGGAGAGGUCUUCGAGCAGACGUUGAGUUCCUCUUCUCAGACAGUUUGCUUCACCAAGCCUAUGGUAAAUGCAAGAGUGCGUGA